GCUUUCUCUUAUUUCGUGUUUUAUGCAGUUAAGGUAUAUCUGACUAUCACCACUGAGUCUGCUUGUCAUCGUUGCAUUUAUUAUUUUGUGUUAUAUUUAUAGCGAAUUUUAAAAGUUUCAGCAGCAGCAGAAACUCGAUGAAGACCGAAAGUGGCGUUCAAAACGUUCCGUUUUCCAGUAGAAAACGGAGCCUUAUAGAAGACGCCCGGAAAGAGCGCGAGAGCGGCGCCCCCUCCCCGGGACCCUCGCGCUGCGCAGACAACUUUGUGUUCGAGGAAAAGGACGGCAAGGUGACCCUCAGCAUCCUUUUCGCUCUCAGUCACGAGAAAAAUGCGGGCCUGUCCAAGACCACCAAGGUUUUCGAGACAUUUGGAGCCAACAUUCAUCACAUCGAAACUCGCCCUGCUAUAAAGUCGAAGAACGUGGAGGACCUGGAAUUCUUCGUGAGGUGUGAAGUUCACAGUUCCGACACGGAUGUCUUAAUAAACUCCCUGAAAAAAGUCGCAGACGACGUGCGCACGAUAGCGGAGGAAAAUGUUCCCUGGUUUCCACGGAAGAUUUGGGAUCUUGAUAAAUGUAAUCACUUAAUUACAAAAUAUGAUCCGGAUCUAGACCAUGAGCACCCUGGUUAUAACGAUCCAGAAUACAGAAAAAGAAGGACCGCCAUUUCUGAACUUGCUUUUUCCUACAAACAGGGAGAGCCGUUACCCAGGGUGGAGUACACUCCAGAGGAAGUCGCCACUUGGAAGGAGGUAUACCGCACUCUGAGCAGCAUUUACCCCACGCACGCGUGCAGACAGCACCUGGAGAACCUGCAGGAGCUAGAGAAGCAGUGUGGAUAUGGAGAGAGCAGCAUUCCCCAGCUGAGGGACGUUUCCAACUUCCUCAGAGAGAGGACGGGGUUCCAGCUCCGGCCAGUUGCUGGUCUGCUGUCUGCCAGAGAUUUCCUGGCCAGCCUGGCGUUCAGAGUGUUUCAGUGCACGCAGUACAUCCGCCAUUCAUCCACCCCGAUGCACUCCCCGGAACCAGAUUGCUGUCAUGAGUUAUUAGGCCACGUCCCCAUGUUGGCUGAUAAAGAAUUUGCUCAGUUUUCCCAGGAAAUUGGUCUUGCUUCUUUGGGAGCUUCUGAUGAGGACAUUGAAAAACUGUCAACACUGUACUGGUUCACGGUGGAGUUUGGCCUCUGCAAACAGAAUGGGGCUAUAAAGGCGUUUGGAGCCGGCCUUCUGUCCUCCUACGGGGAGCUCGUGUACGCCCUCUCCAAUGAGCCAGAGUACAGGCCCUUUACGCCCGAGGAGUGUGCAGUCCAGCCGUACCAGGACCAGACAUACCAGCCCGUCUACUUUGUGUCAGAGAGCUUCGAGGAUGCCAAGAUGAAGCUCCGUCAGUACUCGGCGACAAUCCGCAAGGCCUUCUCCGUCCGCUACGACCCAUUCACUUGCACCGUGGAGGUUCUUGACCAGCCCAGAAAGAUCCAGGAGGCCUUGAAGCAGAUGAGGGAGGACCUGAAGAUCCUGCACUGUGCCCUGGGUAAACUGGGCUGAGGGAGACCACCCACCUGGGAAAUGUAUGUUUCAAGUCAGCAAUGAUCAGCUGCCACUGAUGUUCCUUGUGAGAUAUAAGUUCCUUUGUAGUAUGUCGAGCCUUAACUAGUCAGUGCUGGCAUAGUCAUGCGUUACACACACGCUACACGCCUGGCAUGGUCACGCUUUACACACACACUACAUGCCUGGCAUAGUCACACUUUACACAUACACUACACGCCUGGCAUGGUCAUGUUUUACACACAUGCUACACGCCUGGCAUAGUCACGCUUUACAUGCAUGCUACACGCCUGUACAUGCUACUGAGAUUUCCCUUAUUUUUCCAUUGACAUGGAAAAAUGUUUAUGAAUAAAAAGAGAUGCUCUGAUGAAAUUCCUUUCUGUAAGACUUCCUUCAUCCGUCCAUCCAUCCAUCCAUCCAUCCCUCCAUCUAUCCAUCCUGGUUCGGGUUAUGGGAGAGGCACCGGGGUACACCCUGGACAGGAUGGCUUCCUGUAUGUACUCUCUGUAUAAUAAAGGGUAU